GAAAGAGCCCUCUUCUUCGUCUGCUUCUUUUUCACCAUAUCCUUGAGUUUGCCUCCAAUUCGACUCCACACCCAAGAACCUUCGAUAUACAUACAUACAUAUAUAUAUAUAUAUAUAUAUAUUUAGAGUGAGAGAGAGAGGGAGAGGGUCGAAGAUGAAGACCACGAAGGGUGGCAAAGUCAUGAACCCUACCGACGCCUAUCGAAAGGAGCUUCGCAAGAAGGAAUUGAAAAGGAACAAAAAAGAAAGGAAGAAAGUGAGGGAGGUGGGGAUACUGAAGAAGGAUCCUGAGACACUGAAGGAGCAAAUCGAAAAGUUGGAAAUGAUGAAAGCGGAUGGUGCUUUGGAUAAAGCAAGAAAACACAAGAAGAGACAGCUUGAGGACACACUGAACCUUGUUAUGAAGAAGAGGAAGGAAUAUGAAGAGAAAAUGAAAGAGAAGGGUGAAGCGCCAGUUAUGUUCAGCCAUUUGGGACCUCCUCCCCGUAGACGGGCUAAUGCAGAAGAAGAAGAAAGAGUCAAGCAUCCUAAACCAGAAGACUCGGUUUACUAUCACCCUACAUUGAAUCCUACUGGAGCUCCGCCACCUGGAAAGCCACCUAUGUUUAAAUCGUCAAUAGGACCAAGGAUUCCCUUAUCAGGAGCAUCGUCGAGUGGUGCUGCAUCGUCGUUGAUGUCAGAGUCGGAGGAUGUUGCUUUAGGUGUUCCUCCUCCACCUCCACCACCUCCUCCUCUACCUCAUACUGGUGAUGCAGAUGCUGGAGAUGGUUCUAUUAUCCCUGCAUCUUUGCCUUUACCUCCUCCACCUCCUAUGCCACCAAGGCCUUCUGUGGCCGACUUGGGUACAUCAUUGCCUCUACCUCCUUUGCCACCACCACCUCCUGGCCCCCCACCCAAAGAACAAGGUGCUACUCGUCCUUCCCUUCCUCCACCACCGCCACCACCGCCUCUCCAUCAGUCUACUCAGCCACCUCCACCUGGGACUGGGGGAACUGAAAGGGAAAAUAAUCAAUCUGUGAACUCAGAUGAUCCAACCUCCAAGGAAGCACUUAAGGCAUCUACUAUGCUCCCUCCACCCCCUCCACCACCUGGGUUGCCAUUGAAUUUGUCAGGUAAUCAGUCUGAAGGUGCACCAUCUGAAUCCGAGCCCAAAAGUUCUUCAGGGACCAAUGAUCUUUCUAAAAUGAUUCCUCCUCCACCUCCUCCAAGGCAACAACCUGCAGUACCCAGGCCUGGUCCGGUUACAUCCUUACAGCCUGGUGUAUUAUUACCCCCAGGAAUUUCACAGUUCCCCCCACCCCCACCUCCACCGGAUAUGCGGCCACCAUUAGGUCCUCCUGGACUACCUGGCCAAGCUGCUCCCCCUGGAAUGAUGGUUCAUCUGAUCCCGAGGCCACCUUUUGGACCUCCCCCUGGACCACCCCCCAUGAUGAGACCACCACUUCCACCGGGCCCUCCUCCUUUUCUACUAGAUGAACAUGCUGCAAGGCCUUCUGCUCCUCAGAAGCCAUCAUAUGUCAAAUCAGCUGCAUCUACUGUUGUGAAGAGGCCACUAGCUCAGCACACUCCAGAACUUACUUCCAUGGUUCCAGCAUCUGUACGCGUGAGGAGAGAGACUGCUACUCCAAAACCCAAAUCAAAGCCCACUCUCUCAACAGCUGUGGCAGCAACCAACAAGCCUGCAGCUGCUCCAACUGUUGUGAUGAAACCGGAGACUGUUAAUUCCUCCUCAUCAGCACCGAAGUCACAGAGUAUUGACGACUCGUAUACAGCUUUCUUGGAGGACAUGAAGGCACUGGGUGCCCUUGAUGGUUGAGCUGAUUCCACUGAAUGAGGGCGGCAUUUUUUGAUGGACCUGCAUUUCAGUGGCCUUAAUAUCCUCUGUAAUAUUGUCCUGCACCCUUCUCUUACCAUUGCUACAAUUUUUAGAUAUAUUUAACUUUGCAUUAUUUUCCCUUUUUUUCAGGAAAAAAAUUUGUGGAAAAAUGGAGAAUUAGAAAUCUUGUUGAUUCCUUUCUUUUUUAUUGCAAUCCUUGAUAUGAGGUG